ACAAAACUUCUCACCUUUUCCCGGCACGAAUUCACGAGAUCUCUUGCGAAUCUUUGAUAUCUCUCACAACUUUUAAAACUAUAUUUCUUUAAAUGACACGCGACUGAAUAAAACAAAGCACUUCAAUAGACCUCCUGUUUAAAAUCGCACAUGUCAGAAUCCUUACAUUGAUCUGUAUCCUCAUUCCCUUUACAGUUGUUUUAAAGCAUUAAACCUCCUCGUUCCGUUUAUUCUGCAUUUAAAAUAACGUAAUCUUUUUUUUACCACAACGUUUACUUCAUAAAUUAUUAUCUACUUAUCAAUAAUCAUUUACAAAGGUAUUCUGUAAAAUCUUGAACAUGUUUUUACGUAAUCUUGUAUAUUUGUUAAAAAGAUGUGAUGCUUUUUUUAAAAAUGUUGUAUUGUGGUCAACAGCACUGGCAGAGACCUGUUUUUUCCGACCUCAACAUUUUUUGAUGACAUUCAUAUUCAAAGCAUAAGUGAAGAAUUAUGCAUAAAUAUUUAACUGAAAUAAUUGUUAUAUAGUUCUAGAAAAACAAAAAAACAAACCCACUGACCGCUGUCUUUUGGACAUUUGAGGUCGAGGUUAUGGUUGUAUUGUAUAGUACACCACUUGUUUUGUUAGGACUACAUCACUGGUCACCAGUGUGUCUCAAGUUAUCUACAAAAUGAAAUAGAUUAUCUAUUACUAGUUAUUGUCAUUUAAAAGUAAUAAGUUGUAUAACAAUAUCACUGUCUUUGAAUUGUAAUGUCACACUACUUUUCGAUUCAUUUUGAGUUACUUUUAUCAAAAUUACCACAAAAGUAAGACUUCCCUGAUUCAAAUUCGAAUGGUUUCCAUUAAAACUCUACUGGAAACCAUGAGGUUAUAUUAAUACAUUUUUUGUAGUGUGUUUCAGGCAUCAUUUGUGUAUGAUUUAAUGGUUUCAUCAAUAUAACCCAACACAUACCAACAAGUAGUGACUUUUGUUUCCAUUACAACCCAUGAAAUUCCCAUCAUAGCCUUUAAAUCCAGUGGAGUUCAUGUGAUGGUUUCUAUCGCUUUUUCAUCAGUGUAUGCAUCCUAAAAUGCUAAAAUAUAGUUUAGUGCUGCUCAUUUUAAAUCCAAUGUGGGAAGAUGUGUUAAAGUUUUCCUCAGAUGUGCAUUUUCAACAAGUUGGUAUGGUUUAUUGGGGUCUUCAAGAAAUGUCUGGAACAUAUUUUGCUUAAAAACACUCGAUGGCUGUUUAAACAAAACCCUUCUAACAUCGUCAAAAACAUCUCUACUCACAGCAACCCGUUUUAGUGCAUGUCUCUUUAAAUGACAAUGAGUUAUAGUGAACCCCACCCCUCUUCCGUCCUGCUUGUCAACACAUGUGUAGUACUGCCGUGGCAAUGGUUUAGCUAAAUUAUAUUUCCUGAAUUCCUCUACGGUUUGUUUCAUCUUAAACGUGUCUCUAGACUAAAAAUGACGCCCCAGCAAACAGUGCUGACGUUGUGCGUGUAUGUUUGCCUAAAAUCAACAAUUUCAGAUGAAUUUAAAUACUCGACUGAACAAGAAUUUGAGGAACAUUGAAGGCCCACGCUGCAUAUAAGUAACAAUUGCUGUCAGAAUCUUAAAAGCAGACAAACAAAUGACCAUCCGGUGAAUUAUGUUGGACACAACUAUAAUACAACCUAUAGCCUGACGACAUGUUCAAACGCAGAACCUCUUUACUUACUUACGUUUUGUUUCUAUUCUUGUAGAAUUCGUUGCAGUUAUCUUAACCAUCGGAUUCCAGUGACAGGAAAUAGUGUAAUAAUCAUAGCAUUUUAAUCACCGAUAUGUCUUUUCUCAAUAAGUUGGGGGGAAAUACGUUGUUGUAACACGCAUUACUGACAUUGUAACAGGUAUAAUAUCACCCAAAUUUAUUUAGUUAUAGGUUAUAUAUUAAUGCUUUAUAUUGUUACUUUUGUAAUGCGUUACUCCCAAAACUGCCGGUCACUUACAUAGUCCCCUUUAAGGAGCGGGUGAAAAUGAGUGAGUAAAUUGGGAGUCUGGAAGCACUGCGGGCGCAAUCUGAUGCCGAGACGCAGGAAUUCAGCGCGAGCCUUACAUUAGAUGGCUAGCAGCCUGCCGUAGGUGUACAUCGGCUCUACACUCUUUAUUAUGAGGAAUCAUGGGAUUGAAUGAGCGCACUCAACUAUGAGUUCAGACACCACAGAAAAUGAAUGUCCCCUCAAGUAGUGCACUAUAUAAGGACGGAUGGGAUGUGGUCCAAACACACACAGGAGUCCGAGCUCAGCCUCACUUUACUCUGUUAUACUGACACAAACCCCACAGACGCUCAGGACACUGUGUGUGACAGUAAUCACACCUUGAAUCAGGAUGAAUCUACUGAUCAAACCUCCACAGAGUCUCUGGAUUCUGUCUGUAACGCUGGAGAACAGCAGAUCCUGAACACCAGACCACUGAACAUGUGUUCUGUCACACUGGUGGACUGCAGGAAACUGAUGGAGAUCAAAACAGAACUCGCGGUAAAGGAAGAACAGACUGAUGAAGAUGAGAAUCAUGAUGAUGAAGACGAUGACAAUUUAAUUCCCUCAGAUGAGAGCAGUGAAACAGAAGAGAUUCAAAGGAAGGAAAAAAAGCACGAGUGUCCUCACUGUGAGAAGAGAUUUUACAGUGUAUCUUGUUUUGAAAAACAUGUGCGUUUACACUGUGGUGGGAAAUGGUUUCUGUGCAGCGACUGUGGAAAAACAUUUACAAAUUCAGGUUAUUUAAAAUCACACCAAAAAAUACACACUGAGAAACUCUAUCAGUGUUCACACUGUGACAAACGUUUCCAUUCGAAGUCAUAUUUGAUGGUUCAUGAGAGAAUUCACACUGGAGAGAAACCUUUCCUCUGCUCCGAGUGUGGAAAGAGUUUUACUCGCAAGAAUAAACUCACAGAUCAUCAGAGAGUUCACACUGGAGAAAAACCUUAUCUCUGCAAUGUUUGUGGGAAGAGCUUUACUCGGUCUGAUGCUUUCAAAGAUCACCAGAGAGUUCACACGGGAGAAAAACCUCAUCACUGCAGUUUUUGUGGGAAGCGUUUUAGUCGACCUGACAAUUUAAGGACACACAAGAGACUUCAUACUGGAGAAAAACCUUACAAAUGCUGUCAGUGUGACAAGGCGUUUACUCAGCGAGUUCUUCUGAAACUCCAUCAGAAAGUUCACACUGGAGAGAAAUCCACCAGAUCAGCUGGAUUGAUUGCAGAGAAGCAGAGCGCUCAAGCAAACACAAGAAGCCAAUUGAUAAUCAUGACGUCACAGGCGGAAAAGACUGGCACAAACUCCAGGCACACGCAGGACUCAGAGCUCAGCCUCACUUUACUCUGUUAUACUGACACAAACCCCACAGACGCUCAGGACACUGUGUGUGACAGUAAUCACACCUUGAAUCAGGAUGAAUCUACUGAUCAAACCUCCACAGAGUCUCUGGAUUCUGUCUGUAACGCUGGAGAACAGCAGAUCCUGAACACCAGACCACUGAACAUGUGUUCUGUCACACUGAUGGACUGCAGGAAACUGAUGGAGAUCAAAACAGAACUCACAGUAAAGGAAGAACAGACUGAUGAAGAUGAGAAUCAUGAUGAUUUUGUUCCUUCAGUCAAACUGGAGAACAUCAGGAAGCUGGAGAUAAACACAGAACCCAAAUCAGAUGAAGAAAAGACUUGUGAAGACAGCGGGAACAUGAUAGACAUAGAACCUACAGGAGAGGAACUUUACACAGAGGAAGAUGACAAUCAUGAUGAUGAUGAUGGCGACUAUGAUGAUUAUGAUUUUAUUCCUCCAGAUGAGAGCGGUGAUUCAUGGUGUGAUGGAGAAACAGCUUCUACAUCCAAACAGCGACUGACAGCACAAACUCUUCAAAUGAAGACACAAAAUGAAGAAAAGUCUUUCUACUGCAGUGAAUGUGGCAAUUAUUUCCGCAGCAAAGGAUAUCUAGACAUUCAUCAGAGAAUUCACACUGGAGAAAAACCAUACGCGUGUCCUCACUGUGAGAAGAGAUUCAGUCAAAAACCUCAUCUGACGAAACACGUGCGUUUACACACAGAUGAGAGACCAUUUGAGUGCAGUGAAUGUGGAAAAACCCUUAAGAGUUCAGAUGCUUUAAAGUCACACCAAAGAUCACACUCUAAUGAGAAACUCUAUCAGUGUUCACACUGUGAUAAACGCUUCCUUAAAAAAUCCUAUCAGGUAUGUCACGAGAGAAUUCACACCGGAGUGAAACCUUAUCUCUGCUCUCACUGUGGAAAGAGCUUUUCUGAUCGUAGUUCUUACAAACAUCAUGUGAGAACUCACACUGGAGAAAAACCUUAUGAGUGCAGACUUUGUGGGAAGAGUUUUAGUCGUCAAAACAUUUUAACAAAACACCAGAGAAUUCAUACAGGUGAAAGACUUUUCAAAUGUUCUCAUUGUGACAAGAAGUUUGCUCGGCGAGAUGCCCAGAAAUCACAUGAGAGAGUUCACACUAGAGACAAAAAAACAGCACCAAAACCAUCAUAAGGGUCUUUUAUUAUUUUCUAUCUAAAGCUUCAACGUAUGCCAUUAGAAGCAUUGUUGUAUAUCUGAUCAGUAACUUCUUGUUCAUAUGAGAAUUGUAUUUCAUGAUUUACAUGUAUUUUUUUAACGUUAUUAUUCAUGAGCAGUUUUAAAGUGGUUCCUUUCUUCUGUUUUUAUAUACGCAACUGAAUGAUUUUAAGUUUCACUUCUGAAUAAAUACUGUGCGUCAGUCAAGAGUUUUUGACACGG